GUUACGUGCUUUGAGCGAUCAAGGCAGUCUACAGCUCUGUAAGGGCCUUAGAGGCACACAUUCACCUGAUAAAAGCCCUUUUUCUUCGACAGAAAGAUGAAAUUCCAGCUAAUCCUGUGUGUUACUGCUCUCUUAAUCGCCUUUGCGGCCGCGAGGUCGUUAGAAGCUUCCAAGCGGUGUUGUCCACCACCACCACCACCUCCUCCUGUUCCGGCACCUCUACCAGGACCUCCUGGACCAGCCGGUCCUCCUGGAGCUCUUGGCUGCGCCGGUCCACCUGGAGCUACUGGAUGCCCCGGAUGGAAGGGACCCCCAGGGGCAGUCGGAGCACCCGGACCAGUUGGACUUCCUGGUAAACCUGCCCUUCCUGGACCACCAGGACCGCCAGGACCUAUGGGACCACUCGGACCUGCCGGAUGCCCCGGUCUUAAGGGAUGCCCCGGACUUAACGGCGCCCCAGGACUUAUUGGGCCCCCAGGUCCUCCCGGACCACCCGGACCACCUGCAGCCCCUGCUUGUUGCGGUUACAGUCACAUAAAAAUGUUGGCCGCCAAAAUGACAAGACACUUUACUGGUCUUUACGGACUGUUCAGACCGUUCUGUCAAUCUAUUUUUCCAGUCACCAGGAGAGCAUGUUGUAACUCUGCUCCCUGUCCGCCCUCUUCCCCUCCCUGUUCGCCACCCCCACCACCUCCUGCAGUCCCAGCACCAGCACUAGCUGGGCCUCCUGGACUCCCGGGGCCACCUGGUUGCCAAGGUCCCAUUGGAUUAGCCGGCUGCCCUGGUUUAAGGGGACCCCCUGGGGUAAUCGGACCACUCGGACCACCAGGACCUUCCGGAGCUGCUGGAAAACCCGCCGCACCUGGACCACCCGGACAAGCCGGAUGCAUGGGGCCAGCUGGACCUCCCGGGUGUAUGGGUCUCAAGGGAUCACCUGGAGCAGUUGGACUACCCGGCCCGAUAGGACCUCCUGGAAUAGCCGCUACCCCUGGGGCACCAGGAUUACCCGGAAAAAUGGGAGCCCCUGGCGCUUCUGGAUCUCCUGGUUUCAAAGGAGAACCCGGAGCAAUUGGACCACCUGGACCUCCCGGACUUCCUGGAAAACCUGCUCUUCCUGGCCCACCUGGACAACCCGGAAGCAUGGGUCCUCCCGGCCCACCCGGAUGCCCUGGGCUUAAGGGGUGCCCUGGAAUUGCCGGAGCCCCUGGACUUGUUGGACCUGCUGGACCUCCGGGACCUCCCGGACCGGCUGGACCUCCGGGAACACAAGUUGAAGUAUCACCAUGUAAUAGCGGAGGUGGUUGCGGAGGUAGUUGCUGCGGCUAG